AUAAGAUCUACAUCCAUAGUUAUUGUUUCACAGUUGCAGACAUCCUUGGUAUGCAACGCGUCUGAUCAGAUACUUGUAGAAAGGCUGAGCAUUUCGUUGACAAUAUGAAAGUGCUUCAAGAAGAAAACGUUAAAAAUACACGCCAAACGGAGGUGAUCAAGAGAGCGGCGCCCGGCAGAUGCCCGUUUCUGCACGUCCGCAACCUGAUUGACGGUUCAAACUGUCAGGACACUUUGCAUCAUAAAGCUGUCAAGAAUCAGCUUUGUACAUCAAAAGUAUGUGAGAAUUCCAAAAUGACACCCAAGACACUGGUGGUCGGGCCGCAGAAAUGCCCCGCUUCCCCAAACGACAUCCUAAUGCAAGCCAUUGACUUCAUCAACCAGUACUACAACUCUCAGAAAAUUGCUAAAACUGAAGACCAUCUUGCCCGCUUGGAAGCUGUCGUCAAGGAGAUAGAUACCACGGGAACCUAUCAGCUGACCAUGGAAGAGCUGGUGUUCGGGGCCAAACAAGCAUGGCGAAACGCCCCGAGAUGCAUUGGCAGGAUCCAGUGGUCGAACUUGCAGGUGUUUGAUGCGCGAAAGUGCAGCACAGCCCGAGAAAUGUUCAACUGCCUGUGCAGGCACUUAGAAUUCGCCACAAACGGAGGGAACUUGAGGUCUACAAUUACGAUUUUCCCCCAGAGAAGGGAUGGGAAGAAUGACUUCAGAGUGUGGAACAGUCAGCUGGUACGGUACGCUGGGUACCACAUGUCGGAUGGGAGCAUUCAAGGCGAUCCAGCCAGCACUGAGUUUACAGAGCUUUGCAUCCAGCUGGGGUGGACACCAAAAUAUGGCAAGUUUGAUGUGCUGCCUCUGGUCCUGCAAGCUAACGGCGAAGAUCCUGAGGUCUUUGACAUUCCUCCAGAGCUCAUCCUAGAAGUCCCAAUGGAGCAUCCUCAGUAUGAGUGGUUUGGGGACCUGCAGCUCAAGUGGUACGCCCUCCCCGCAGUCGCCAACAUGUUACUGGAGGUGGGGGGGCUGGAGUUUUCUGCCUGUCCCUUCAAUGGCUGGUACAUGGGCACGGAGAUCGGGGCGCGGGACUUUUGUGACCCACAGCGCUACAACAUCCUGGAGACUGUUGGCAGCAAGAUGGGACUGGAGACAGACAACCCCUCCUCGCUCUGGAAGGACGUGGCCUUGGUAGCCGUCAACAUCGCUGUCAUGCACAGCUUCCAGAAGCAUAAUGUGACCAUCACGGACCAUCACUCUGCCGCUGAGUCCUUCAUAAGACACAUGGAGACCGAGUUCCAGCUGCGGGGAGGCUGCCCAGCUGACUGGACCUGGCUGGUUCCACCCAUGUCUGGCUCCCUCACGCCUGUCUUCCACCAGGAGAUGGUCAACUACGUCCUCUCACCUUUCUUUUACUAUCAGCCAGAUCCCUGGUUGACACACAAGUGGAAAAAUAACGUGUGGAGACAAAGGAAACUCGUGUCUUUCAAAGGACUAGCCAGGGUGGUCCUCUUCUGCUCCGCGGCGAUGCGCCGCUUCAUUGCUCAGAGGGUACGGUGUACCGUGAUUUACGCCACAGAGACGGGCAAAUCACAGUCCUUCGCCAAAAAACUCAACUCGAUGCUGAACAGUGCCUUCAAUUCCAGGGUGCUGUGUAUGCAUGACUAUAAUAUCACCGACCUGGAGAAAGAGGCCUUUCUGGUUGUGGUAACCAGCACCUUUGGCAAUGGAGAAUCCCCAGAGAAUGGAAAGAGCUUCUGGAAGGAUCUUUCUGCCUUGUCGCGCCUUAAAAACAAAUUCAGGUACUGUGUGUUUGGCCUGGGCUCCCGCAUGUACCCACAGUUCUGUGCUUUCGCCCGAACUGUGGACACCAAGCUUGCGGCUCUCGGGGCCAAGCGCUUGACAUCCAUGGGAGAGGGUGAUGAGCUGGGAGGACAGGACAAAGCCUUCAUCAUCUGGGCCAAGAAAGCCUUCGCGGAUGCCUGUCAGGAAUUUGGAAUCACUACCCAGCUGGAUAUCCGGCUGCCAGGGAUGGACCAGCACACUGAUGAUUGGGACCCAAAGAGAUACCAGCUGCAGCACAAAAAAUCCUCGCAGGACCACAUCGCCGCCCUCUCAGCCAUCCACGCCAAAAAAAUUAUCCCCAUGAAACUGAAGAGAAGGCAGAACCUCCAGAGCUCUCAGUCAAGCCGUACCACUAUUCUGGUGGAGCUGGAGAGUGACGACAGCGCAGAGGGCGUGCAGUACCUGCCCGGUGACCACGUUGGGCUUUUCCCGGGGAACUCGACGCAGCUGGUCACUGGCAUCCUUAAGCACGUCGCCAAUGCACCACCUAGCAACCAGAGUGUGCAACUUCAGUAUCGAUCGGGCACAAGUGCAGAUGGAAACGAAGGCUGGCAGGCCAAUGACCACAUCCCAGCAUGCACUCUGUCCCAGGCACUGACCUACUUCCUGGACAUUACCACGCCCCCUUCGCAGAAUCUUCUUCACAAGCUGUCUCAGCUGGCGGGCCAAGAGUGUCAUCGGCAAAGGCUGUUAAAGCUAGCUCGGGAUGCUGAGGAGUACAAUUCCUGGAAAGCAUUUCACAAGCCUACCUUCUUGGAGGUUCUGGAGGAAUUCUCCUCCUUGGAGCCCCCGGGGACUUUCUUGCUCAGCCAGCUGCCUCCUUUAAAGCCCCGCCUCUAUUCCAUAAGCUCCUCCCCUGAACUCAACCCCAAGGAGAUCCAUCUUACUGUAUCUGUGGUCAACUAUCAUACACAAGAUGGACAAGGUCCAAUGCAUCACGGUGUCUCCAGCACCUGGCUGAACACCAUCAAGGAGGGAGACACGGUGCCUUGCUUUAUCCGCAGCUCCAGUGGUUUUCACCUCCCAGCAGAGCCCAGCUCUCCAGCCAUCCUAGUGGGGACGGGCAGUGGCAUCGCCCCCUUCAGGGGCUUUUGGCAACAGCGGCUGUAUGACACGCAAACUAAAGGUCUGAGAGGCGCACCCAUGACACUAGUGUUUGGUUGCCAAAGUUCAGACAAAGACCACGUCUACAAAGAGGAAACCCAGCAGAUGAUGAAGAAUGGGGUGCUCAAUGACGUCUUUCCUGCAUACUCUCGUGAUCCUGGCCACCCUAAGAUGUACGUCCAAGAUGUCUUGAGGGAAAGGUUGGUACGAGAAGUGGUGAGGGUCCUGCACUGGGAACAGGGCCAUCUCUAUAUCUGUGGGAAUGGAAGAAUGGUCCAGGAUGUAACCAACACAGUGCAGGAGAUCCUGGCCAAGCAACUGGAAUUGAAUCCCACCGCUGCUGUGGAAUACAUGGCCCAGCUCAAGCUCGAGAAGAGGUUCCACGUAGAUGACUUUGGAGCAGUCCUUCGGACAUAAGAGAAGCUAACUUGUGAUCUGGCUCCGUAACGAGUCUAGAGAGCGGCGCAGACUUGGAGUCGAGAGAUGGAGUCUCAGUCUUAUAGUCUGAACUUCAAGUUAAUGGCUCACUUUGCUGAAAUUCAUUCCUCUGCCAGUCUUCUGUUUAUACAACAGAUAGCUGUUGCCAGCCAAAAUGCCAAGUGGACGCUGUGUGAGGGAGGAACAAGCAUAUGGGAACAGUUCCAGGCGUCACAGGCUGUGAAAAUUAUUUACAGUUCAGUUUCAAAUGAGAAAGAUAUAUGGCGAUUGUACAGUUAUCUUUGUUUUCUUUGAUUACAUGGAUGGAAUUCCAUCUUGACCUGGUCAUUUAAAACCUGUUCCCUUUUUGUGCUUUUGUGCAUUCACUAUCGGAUUAUAUAAUCUCUGUUUAUGCACUUCUGUGUUUCUGUAGAUGAAAAAUUAACAUACCGCAAUUUAUUGCCCUUCAUAGCUUCCUGAUAAUCUCACUGUGUCGUAUCCUUUAGAACAUAUUAAGCAUUCAUUGUUUAUAGAACUUCCUACAUUUUUUAAAGGUUUUUGUAACAAAAUAAACCAGUAUAUUACUUACUAGUGCAUGAUUACAGCUCGUUUGACAAUAGCACCAUACUAUAUGAUUUACAGAAACAUUUAUGUAUGCAAUUUGUAAAUACUUUUAAUGUUAACUACUGAUGAAAUAAAAAUAAAUAUUUAAAAACUGAA